AUGCACGCACUGCGCGAAAGUGCCAGUGUGGCAGACGUUAGUCUAGAGCGAAAGCUUCGCUAUGACUUCGCGAAGUUAGAAGCCAAAGGCCGUCUGCGGAGAGUAUCACGCUCCCGCUAUGCUUCGGCUGCCUCUACAGCCGCGGGUUCACGUCAAUCUUUUGACACGAACUCGCCCGCUCUCACUACGACGAGUGAGAAGCGUGACGCUCAUCAAGACGAGCUCGGCCGUGGCGCUCAAAAACGUCAACGGCGUAUGGUUAAUCUUGCCGAAGGGGAAUCUCAUACCAUGAGUUUUCAGACUCAGGGUACCCACACCACUUCACCAAAUAUUGGUAGUGACCAUGACGACGACGUCUUUGAAGUACCCGCUCCACAUGGAAAUGUAAGUUCCCUCGCUCAUCAAGCAACGCCGGUGGCGAUCGGAGUAUUGGCUGAAAUCCAUGCUGAGUUGGUGAAGAAAGUGUAG